AUGGAGGAUAAAAAUGAUCAAUUUCCUCCCAACAAGUGCGGACUGAACUACUCGCACCUUCCCUGUCUUGUUUUUAACUUCGGAAGCCAACAGGUCCUCUUUUGCUGUGAAGCAGCACCUAUUUUAAAUUCGAAGGCUACCGGGUCACCACCGUCACCACCACCACCAUACAAGUGUCGCGAUAUUUGGACAGGCAGCAGCCCCCGGGGCAGGCCGCGCCGGGCCAAGUGGGGUCCCAGCCCCUCUCCCCUCGCCCACACGCAUCCAUUAGCAAGACGCACAAUCUGUUGCCUUCACCCGUCACAAACUCGGCCGCCGGACACGGGCCGGACAGCAGCGAGGCGGCCAGCACCCGGCCCCCGGACCUCUGCCCAGUGCGUCCCGGCGAUCGCCCACCCGGCUCUGCCGCCACACCCGGGCGAGCACGGCCCUGCCCCGGCCCCGGUCCACACGCAGACCCCGGCGGCGGCCCCCGCCCCGGUGCCGGGGCCUGCGCCCCGUGCUCCCCUCCCCCACCCGCGGCCUGGUCCUGAACCAGCGCCCCGGGCUCCCGCCGGCACUCAUUACCCUGGCGGGCACCGAGCAGGGCGCGUCCCCCCCUUCGCUGCAGUCACACCGCCGUCUUCCUCUUGCGAUUCUGGGCCUCAGGACCGAAAGCACAGUCGUCUUCAGCAAAGCACAAUGGCGGCCGCCCCUGUGCCGGAUCCGGCGCAGAACCAGCAGCCACCGUUAAGUGCCCCUCCCUUCCUCUCCCCUCCCCACCCACUUCUCGGACCUGCUGGCUUCUCGCGAGAGUGGCGGCGCUGCGGGGCUCCCAGAGCUGCCGGCUUGGCUCGACGUGCCCCGCCGCGGGGUGGUGCUCUGACUUCGGCAACCGUUGAAGGACUGCCUCGGGGGGGAAGCGGCCCCGGUAAGCGGCCGCGGCGGUGGCGGGGCGGCCGGCGGGCGGGCGGGCGGCGAGGCGGGCGAGGCUGCUGCCGCCGGCGCUGCCAGACGGGCGCCCGAGGCCCGGACCCCCGGGUGGCCAUCGUUGCCCGGCCGGCUCCCCGGACGCCGGACGCGGGCCUGCCCGCAGGCUCCGGUCCCCGGGGGCACGCCUCGGGCCCGCUGGUGGUGACACCGCCUGGAUGUUUUUUUCCGAGGGUUUUGGUGGUGGGCACAAAUCCCAUCCACCGCAACUCUCAGUUGGGAAGUGAAGGUGAGUUCGACGAAAUCCUCGGGUGUGAAGGGUGGGAUGAAAUUCCCAGGGAUGCGAGGCGGUGGGAGAGACAGGAGCGGCCGGGCUCGCGCGAGCGAGCGAGCGAGCGAGCGAGCAGCCCGGACUCCGGAGUUGCUGGUCCUGGCGCCCGCCCGCCCUGCCGCCGCCGCUGUUUACCCUCGCCGGUCGCCGAGUCCCUUUGUUGUGCUGGCUGGAAGCUGGGGUGCCGCUCGGGGUCCCGGGCGGAGUUUGGGGAGGCGGGCGCGGACCCGUGCGGUCCUGGGCGUGGGGGGCUGCGGUCUCGGGAGAACGUAAACUUUACUCCUGGCCCGGAACGGGACCGGGGUCUGGUCGGGCCGCGCGCGGCUCUCGGGCCCGCCCGCAGCCGCCAGUCCACCUCCUUUGUGCCGGCCGCCACCGGGCCGCGCGCCGCCGUCCUGCCCCGGCCACGUCCAGCGCUCGGGUCGCCGCCAACAGUUUUGCUGCGGCGUAAACACCACCGCCACCACCACAACCACCCCCUUCAACCUCCCUCUGGCAGCGUGGCGAUGUGGGUUCCUAGCCGGGCAUACCCGCUGCCGCCCCGCCGGGGUACUUCGCACCUCUCCCCCGCCCCAGUGCGCCUCCCGCUGCCCUCUUUUGCCUCCGCCCCUCCAGCCUCGCGGGCUGACGGGCUGCGCCUCUCCCACCCCAGCGGAGCCUCCCCGCCCGGCCCGGCCCGCGGAGCGCGGGGCUGGGAGCCCAGGGGCCAGGCGGUGGGGGUGGGGCCGAUGGACCGGCGCGGCGCGGCUACCUGCGAGGUCUGCCCGGUCGCGGGCGCCGGGCACCCGCGUGGGUCGCUCUGCGGAUCCGGCUCCCCCGCCACCAGGCUCGGUCUGCGUCGGCCGGCUUCCCCGCCACGCCGCGCGCUCUGCUCCUCUCCUCCCUCCGCUGGUUCCCUUCCCCCUUUCGCCUUCCCGGCUCCCCCUAACUACUUCCACGAACCCCACGAUCGGAACUUGGUGGCGAGAGGCAGAGCCGGCCCCGCGGCUGGGGGGUUUUCUCCUCCCUCCCCCUGUAUUUAUCUUUUGUGUGUGGUUCCUUCGAGAGCGAAGCAGCUGCAGUCCGUGGUCGAGUUGUUCAAAUUUAUCCCUUUGUGUAUAUUACAAUAUCCUCCAUUUUUCCCCUGCCCUCUAAACAACAAGCGUUUCGCCAUCUUGGGCAAUUUUAUCCCCAAGUCUCCUUUUACAUUUUUAAGGGAGGGAAAGAAGCCCUCGAAAGGCGAAAAGUGUGUCUGGAUAAAGUUCAAAGUUUAG